UUGCGGCUCCACUUCCGGUAGCGGAGGAGUCAUGUGACCUCACGUCAUGGCGCCCUGCUUGUGGCUGCUCCUAUGUUUUGUCUAUGAUGUGACAGCCACAAAGAUGAAGAUUGUGGAGGAGCCCAAUACAUUUGGGUUGAAUAAUCCGUUCUUAUCACAAACCAACAAGCUUCAGCCAAGGACAGACCCCGCGCCGGUCUCAGGACCGCCUCAUCUUUUCAGGUUGGCAGGAAAGUGUUUCAGUUUUGUGGAAUCCACAUACAAAUACGAGUUCUGCCCUUUUCACAACGUUACUCAGCACGAGCAGACCUUCCGCUGGAACGCCUACAGUGGGAUUUUAGGGAUUUGGCAAGAAUGGGAGAUCGAGAACUAUACCUUCACAGGCAUGUGGAUGAGAUCAGGAGAUUCCUGUGGAAACAAGAACCGACAGACAAAGGUUAAUUUUGUCUGUGGACGGAAGAACAAGUUGGCUGCGGUAUCAGAGCCGAACACCUGCGUCUACUCUAUGACGUUUGAAACCCCACUGGUCUGCCACCCGCAUUCUCUGCUAGUCUAUCCUACUCUCGGGGAAGCAAUGAGAAAACAGUGGGACGAAGCAGAACAGUCCUUAUAUGAUGAACUCCUCACUGAACAGGGCUACAAGAAACGUCUUCAAGACAUAUUUCGAGAAGCCGGAUACUUGAAAAAGACCUUGCAGCAUGAAAGCGAUGGAAAGCUAGACCAGAACCAGCCUAAGAGCUUUGACUCACUGGAGCAGUGCAGCAAGGCCCACACAGACUCGUCUGAGGAGAUAAAGCGACUACGAGGCAUUUUGGAAAGGCACGGCAUUUCUUAUCUCAAAAACGGAUCGUCUAAUAUAGAAUCGCAGCCUGGGAGUUUAGUCACACCUACUCCAAGGGGUGAGGAGAAAUAUCAUCUACGUGGAGAUACUGGAGAUCGAAACGAACAUUAGCAGCAAACAUGCAGCGCUGCUGGAGGACUGAGUAAUUGUAGACUGAUGAUGUAAUCAGAAGACAUUUAGAUCAUUGGCCAAAGAGCAUAACUUUUUUUUGUCAAAUGACUUCUAAACCUUUAAAGGUCCCUGUCAGAUGAGCGAGGCACCGGCCUGAUGUUCCAGCACUGCCGGGGUCCCAUAGCAUCAUAAAUCAAUAUAAUGCUAUGUGACCCCAGCAGUGCUGGAAGUUCAGGCUGGUGCCUCGCUGCAAGUCCGCAGCAAGACACUCGCUCGUCUGAAAGGGGCCUAAAGGGGUUGAGCAGACCUGUAAAGGGAAGCUUGCUUACCUGCUUCCUGGCGCUGGCUCCCCCAGGCCUGCGAUCCCUUGCUGUAAACAUCUGGUUUGACAUCACCACAGCCAAUCAUUGGCCGCAGCUGUGACCAGAUCCCUUUGUGUCAUGACGUAAGAGUACGCCGGUCACCGCCGUGGCCGAUGUGCUUACUAGCGAUUUAUUGGGUGUAGUGCCGCCUGAAUUUUUCUUCUGUUUUGGUGAAUAGUCUGCAGUGAUGUUACAGGGAGCAUCGCAACCCUAGAGGAGCCAGUGUCAGGAAGCACGUGUGAAAUCAAAGUUGCACAUUUUUGCAUAGAAGGUCAAAUUUGCUACCUUUUUCCUGUCCGAAUUCUGGGUGUAGGGAUUGAUAAAUUACCCCCAAAGUAUGUGAAAAUUUGCAGAAAUUUACAUUAUAAGCAUUUAUUGCAUACCUUAAUAGUUGAGGGUCUGGUGACCAGUGUGUGCAGAGUGCACCAGCCGGAGACUCUCUAUGCCGUUCAGUGGAUAGAUUUAUGGGAUUUUUAUAGAAAGACUUCAAAGAAGAAAGCAGUGUGCAGAGAUGGCCGCCUCUUCAUUGAACUGUAUCUGAAACUGGGGGCCAGUGGACUCCUCCAGUUUCAUCAUAAGCAAGACCUGCAGAUAUGCCAUAAACGUUCAGGAUGGGAAUAGAUCCGUCCCGUUUCCGUUAUGCAGGGGAAUCCUCUCCUGCAUAGCAGAAACGGGACGGAUCCGUUAUGCAGCCCAUAGACUUCUAUUAAGACUGAAUGAAUAACGGAAUGCCUCUAAAGGCAUU